AUGGAACGAGUUUCAUUGUCACUGUCAUUCAAGAGAAGGACGUUGGAGAGAGAAGGAGAUUCAUUGUCAUUCUCAUUCAAGAGAAGAACGUUGGAGAGAUCUGAAGGAGAUGGUCAUGGCGCGCGCGUUGUGGAGCUGGAGGAGACGCAGCUGGUGCUGACCCCAGGCUGGCGGGAUGCAUGCCACUGGAGUCCGCUCCUCCCGCCCGCCAACGCCUCCAUCGACAAGCGGCUCCGGCGGGAGAUCAUCCGAUACGGCGAAUUCGCGCAGGCUUGCUACGACGGCUUCGAAUACAGCGAGGGCUCGGAAUUCUGUGGAGACACAAAGUUCUCCAAGGAGGAGCUCCUCCAAUCCGUGGGACUCCCAAGCACGGGAUACGAAAUCACGGCCUAUCUCUACGCAACAUCGCAGCUGGGCUUGCCCAGCUUCUUCAAGCGCUCCAAUUCCAACGCCCAACCCGGCGACGACUCGUGGACGUCGGACACCAACUGGAUGGGCUUCGUGGCGGUUGCCACGUCGGACGAGGCCAUCCGACGGUUGGGACGCCGCGACAUUGUGGUGGCCUGGCGCGGGACGGUGACGCAGCUCGAGUGGAUCGAGAACCUCAAGGAUCUCCUCCGCCCCACCGGGCUCGACCCCACGGAUCACAACACCAAAGGCGUGAAAGUGGAGACGGGAUUUCUCAGCAUCUACACGUCUCCAGUCCCCGGCGAUCAGGCCGGGAUGAGCGCGAGGCAGCAGCUCCACUCGGAGAUCAAGCGAUUGGUCGGGCUCUACCAGGGCGAGCAGCUGAGUAUGACGUUCACGGGCCACAGCCUGGGUGGCGCGCUUGCACUCCUCAGCGCCUACGACGUGACAGAGCUUGGGCUGCCCGGGAGCAAUACCCCGGUGUCCGUCUUCACGUUCUCGGCACCCCGAGUUGGGAACCGGGGUUUCAAGAACAGGUGCCUCGAGCUCGGGCUCAAAGUCCUCCAGACACGCAAUGGCGCAGACCUGGUGCCCAAAGUUCCAGGGGUGAUUGUCAACGAGGACAGCUGUGACAUCAUCUCGCUCAUCUUCCACAGGUUCCCAUGGGCCUACACCCAUGUUGGCACCGAGUUUGAGCUCAGCAGCGACAUCUCUCCGUUUCUGAGGGAAGAUGGUGGCUUGACCGAUCUGCACAACUUGGAGGCCUUGCUUCACCUGGUUGAUGGCUACCAAGGGCCGAGCAAGCCCUUCAGUGUCUCAGGCACCCGGGAUAUCGCGCUGGUGAACAAGAGAUCGGACUAUCUCAAGGCAGAACUUGGAGUUCCAGCAAACUGGUGGUUUAAGGACACCAAGCAAAGUACGAUUGAAAACUGUCACCUGGACGGGAAUGAACAAAGAAGACCUUCAGGUAGGCAGCUCACGUUUGUCCUGCCAGCACAUUUUAAAACUCAACUGGAAGGCAAGGAAGGAGUAAUAGCUGCAAGCAAAGCUUCACAAGCUGCUGCUCUGUCCGCAAUUUCGUCUGGAACUGGAUCCGCCGCUGACAUCGCUGGUGCUGCUGCCGUCGCGAGCUCCAAAAGUGCCAUAGACGCUAGGACAGGAUGGCAUCGUCUUCUUCCUCCAAGCUGUUAUCUGUGA